CACAACCGGCACCUUGGAGGAGGUGGUGGUCCGCCACGCUACCGGAGAAGCUGCUGAGCUCCACUUGCCUGGCGGCCACGCCACUGGAGAAGCUGCUGAUCUCCACCUGCCUGGCGGCCACGCUACCGGAGAAGCUGCUGAGCUCCACCUGCCUGGCGGCCACGCUACGUAACAAGCUGCUGAGCUCCACCUGCCUGGCGGCCACGCUACGUGACAAGCUGCUGAGCUCCACCUGCCUGGCGGCCACGCUACCCGAGAAGCUGCUGAGCUCCACCUGCCUGGCGGCCACGCUACGUGACAAGCUGCUGAGCUCCACCUGCCUGGCGGCCACGCUACCCGAGAAGCUGCUGAGCUCCACCUGCCUGGCGGCCGAAGCACGAGGAGGACGCUGUCCCUUGGAGGAAACGAUGGUGGGACUGGUGUGCUUCAUAGGAGGUGAACUCCGUGGUGGAGGAAGACUUCUGAGAUGUGCUUUAAUGUCACCAUUUACCCAGCGUAGUUCACUUAGCUCUGCUCUUCCUCACGUACACAAAACCUGCCUCUCAUCACAGUCGCUAAACUGUGGACAUCAGCAGGUUCUCCGAAGGACUUCAGGAUAUGGGUCCACAACACGGCAUGUGGACUGGAGACAUCAUCAUCCUAUAAGCCUUUCUUUUCUGACCCAAAGACGCUGUCUCUCUCAGAACCCCAAAUCCUCGGCCAACACAGCGAAAAUGAAGUUAAGCGUGCGGCUGUUGGUGACUCUGCUGUUCGGCGGUGGUCUGCUGGGCACAUGGUGGUACGUGUACUUGGAGAAGCAAAACAAGCAGCAGCAGCAGCGUCUGGAGCAGCUGAGGAAAGUGGCAGUGGGUCAAGGAAACUUCAGCCUGUUGGACCACAGGGGCCAGCGCAGGACCAAGAAGGACUUUCUGGGAAGCUGGGUGCUGCUGUACUUUGGUUUCACCCACUGUCCGGACAUCUGCCCAGAUGAGCUGGAAAAGAUGAGCGCCGUGGUGGCCGCCUUGGAUAAGGAUCCCACCAUGCCCUCUGUCCAGCCACUCUUCAUCACCGUGGACCCAGAGCGAGACGACGUGGCCGCUCUGGCGAAGUACGUCAAGGACUUCCACCCCCGGCUGAUUGGUCUCACGGGCACUGCGGAAGAGGUGAAGCGGGCAGGGCAGGAAUACCGGGUGUACGCCAGCCCCGGCCCCAAAGAUGAUGACGGGGACUAUAUAGUGGACCACACCAUCCUCAUCUAUCUGAUCAACCCAGGUGGCCUGUUCCUGGACUACUACAACAGGAUGAAGAAUGAGGCGCAGAUAACUGAGAGCAUCGGCAACCAUAUCAAAGCCCACGCCAAGCUCUGAGGAUAUGAGCUGCGUACUCCUCGAAUUAAAAAUCCAACCAGUUUGGAUUUAAAUGGACUGGAUAGAAGAGUACUGCUCAAUACAAUAUGUAUACUAUGAAGAAUACAUAUAUUGCUUAUCUGAAAGUGAUUGAGACCAUGACAUUUUACUGUGGCGUUACACUAUCAACACUUCUGUUGCUGGUGCUUAUUUGGUUGUGUUUGAUAUGGUGAUAUUUUGGGCAAAAAAAAAAAAAAUACAAUGAAUUGCCACCAUUUCAAUGCCACUUAUGCCGUUGUCUAUCAUUUGUGAUUAUUUGAAUGUGUACUGUGGCAACAUUAGUUCAGCAUUUAAGAAUAUAAAACAUGUCAGUUCAAAACCAUUGGUUCAUUGUGGGCGGCACGGUGGCGCAGUGGUUAGCGCGGUCACCUCACAGCAAGAAGGUCCUGGGUUCGAGCCCCAGGGUAGUCCAACGUUGAGGGUCGUCCCGGGUCGUCCUCUGUGUGGAGUUUGCAUGUUCUCCCCGUGUCUGCGUGGGUUUCCUCCGGGGGCACCGGUUUCCUCCCACAGUCCAAAGACAUGUAGGUCAGCUGAAUCAGCCGUACUAAAUUGUGUCGGCUCUGUGCUGGACCGGUGUGCGGACUGUCCAGGGUGUCUCCCCGCCUGCUGUCCGAUGACUGCUGGGAUAGGCUCCAGCAUCCCCGCAACCCUGACUAGGAUAAGCGGCUUGGAUAAUGGAUGGAUGGGUGGUUCAUUGUGUCAAAUAAAGGUGGCAAAACCAUGUCCAUAAAGUAAAAGCCCUGACCGUGCAUUUGUUCCACCCAUGCACUAAAUCAGCUGAUUUCAACACCUGCUGAAGAGUGGUGCUGAGUAGAUCAACUGGUUUAGUACAUGGGUGGAGCAAAUGCACGGUCAGAGCUUUUACUUUCUGGACCUGGUUUUGCCACCAGCAUUCAUCUUGUAUAGAUGCUGCACAACAGAGUGCAGCUUGAAUUCCUACAGAUUAAUUUAACACGUCUAUUCUAUCAAAAGUGACUUUACACAGGAUUACAAAAUGUGUCUACAACACUUGUCAGUCAUCUCGGCAAGCUUUUUUAUUUACUUCCCCAGCAGAACUGCUGUGUUUCUGGCAGUAGGUGCCAUAGAAAGUUUGAAGAAACGGUAGAGAUGAGCUUCCUGUUGUGAUUGUGUCUAGAAAAUGUCUACAAGUUAAAGUUGCCCAUUCAUUCAUUCAUUCAUUCAUCUUCAGCCACUUCUCCGGGGUCGGGUCGCGGUGGCAGCAAGCUAAGUAGGGCACUCCGGACGUCCCUCUCCCCAGCAACGCCCUCCAGCUCCUCCUGGGGCAUCCCGACAGAUUGGACAUGUAGUCCCUCCAGUGAGUUCUGGGUCUACCCCGGGGUCUCUUCCCAGUUGGACGUGCCCGGUGAACCUCCAAAGGAAGGCUGCCUAUGCAAUCUCAUGUUUAUUCCAGCCCUUUUCUUCAUCAAAUAUUGAAAAAGCAUUGAGUCUUCAUUAUGAGAAACUGCUUGUGGAAGUCUGGUGAUGACUCGGGAGGAAAUCCCUCGUACACUCACCCGCACUCGUGCAGUCACCCGCACUUCAUCCGAUCCUAAAUCCAAUAAACGAUGUCUCGUAUGAAAGCAAUGAUUAUUCUGUUAUUAUUAUUAUUAUUCAUUACUAUAUUAAUACUUGGCACACU